AUGGAUUUUUUUCAAACAUUCCUCCCUGUCCUCACCGCUGGAGUUGGUAUUUGUAUUGGUUGGUUGAUGUGUAAACGGACCGGCAUGCCCAAGAGCAUAUCCAUUCCAAAUGUCUACAAUAAGAGCGAGGCGAAGCUUGUUUUACUAGUGAGGCAGGAUCUAGGAAUGACGAAGGGAAAAAUAGCAGCUCAGUGUUCCCACGCCACUCUGGGCUGCUACAAGCAGGCAGAAAAGAUUUGUCCUGAAAUAUUGAAACGCUGGGAGUGGAAUGGACAGCCGAAGAUUGUCUUGAAGGCUCAGUCACUUGAUGUAUUGCUUGAAUGCGAGAAGGCGGCUGACAAGUUAAACAUCAACAACUGCCUCAUUCAUGACGCUGGUCGGACCCAAAUUGCCGCAGGCUCAGCUACGGUUCUCGGUAUCGGACCUGCACCCGCGGAUCUGAUUGACAAGGUGUCCGGCCACCUCAAACUGCUUUGA